UUAUUCCUCCGCGGCAUCUCUCUCUCUCUCUCUCUCUCUCUCUCUCUCUUCCUUAUCUUCAUCACAAGGCAUCACACUCUCUCCACUUCACAAGCGGAGAUUUCUCAUUUCUAUCGUUUCUCUGAUUCUUCAGCUAAAAGCCAAAUAGCUUACUUUCUAUCUCGAUCCUCGAAGUGAAUCAAUAUGUCAAUGACGGAAGAAACAAAGACGAGUAAGUUCGAAUCGGCGGCGGGAGAUUCCUCCGAUGUGGAAAGUGGUGGUAACUGUAGCAGUAGCGGAAGUGGAGGCGACACGAAGAAGACUUGCGUUGAUUGCGGAACUAACAAGACUCCUCUUUGGCGUGGUGGCCCUGCUGGUCCUAAAUCACUGUGCAAUGCGUGUGGGAUCAAGAGCAGGAAGAAGAGGCAAGCAGCUCUUGGGAUCAGACAAGAUGACAACAAGAUCAAGAUCAAGAACAAAAGCAACAACAAUCUCGCUACUGAUCAUCAGACUGUCAAGAACGGAAAAGGAGAUGCAGGAAAUGUCAAGAAAAGGAUCAAGACAGUGGAUGCUGCUGAUGAUAGUUGCAGCAGUAGUAGAGUUAACAAGAAGAGUUUGGAAAGGGCAAGUCGAUUUUUGGAUUUAGGGUUUAAAGUACCGGCGAUGAAGAGGUCGGUGUUGGAGAAGAAGAGGCUGUGGAGGAAACUCGGUGAAGAGGAACGAGCAGCUGUACUUCUCAUGACUCUUUCUUGUGGUUGAGUUUUGGUUCUCAACUCUCUCUUUUUUUUUGUCUGAGUGGUUUGAGAGAGAUUGGGGAAAAUAAGUUAGUAAUGAAAUGAGGAAUGAAGAGAUAUUUAACAUAAAUAUAAAUAUGUAAUCCUGUCGGAAUUGUUUUUUGUAGCCCAAGCUAAUGUUAUUCUAUUUUACUAAUUA